AUGCCACAAAGAAAACAAGUAGCUCUAGUUCCAGUACCAACAUGCGGUAACCCUCUAUACAAACAAUGGCUCGAGGAAAUGAUGGAAGAGGCAAAAGCCAAAAAUAACAAUACAUACCAUACAUAUAAAAAGGCUUGUAGAGAUUCUCUUUCACCAUUGAAAUCCUCAAUUUUAAAAGGAAUUGGACCUGGAAUUUGUGCAAAAUUGGAGAGGAAGCUCGAGGAAUAUUGUAAACAGAAUGGAUUAGCUAUGCCGAAGAAACCUGCUGUUUCGCCGAAUGUUAACUCAAAAUCCAAGAAGCUGAUAGAUGUUGACCAUGAUAAUGGCGUGUCCGAGGUCAUACCAAAUGAUAACUCAAAAUCCAAGGAGGAAAUAGUAAUCGAUCAAAGUGCAGAAGCUUCAGGAGUCAAUGAGCCUCCCCUUAAAAAACAGAAAAGAAAAUCUACUUAUGUUCCCAAAUAUAGAUCAGGCAGCUACGCGAUUCUUCUUGGUCUUUAUCUCUCUCACACCAAGAAUCCAAACGACAAUGGUAUAACCAAACCUGAACUCAUCAAGAUUGCGCAACAGUUCUGCGACUCAUCUUUUGACAUGCCACAAAGUUCAAAGAAUCAUUAUACCGCAUGGAGUUGCAUGAAAAGAUUACAAGAAAAAGGUCUAAUCUAUAAAGAAGGAUGCCCUAAUCGUUUUACUCUUUCCACGACAGGAUUAGAAAUCGCACAUCAAAUAGUAAAAACUACGAAUAUUGUGACAUCGAAUAACAUACCUGCUAAUGAUACUGAAAAUGAUAUAAUGACAGGUUCCAACAUGAUGACAACUAAUUCUGAUAAGAAAUUAUCAGAGGCCAGUGAAUCGAGUUCAGUAAACUCGUCAAGUGUUUCACGUAACGCGUUUCCUCCCUUCACUCCCGAUAAAUGGUUGCCUGGUACUUUUGAA